GUUACUGUAACUAUGAUCCUCCAUUUGUAAGACAUAGUAUAUUCUCGCCACCUCGCACCUGCUACAACAUUUACCACAUGCGUGCGUGGUCGUGGUCAUGGUUAUCUAACUGCUCCUCUUCACGCAUUACUAGUAUCUACCAUGUGUCCAACAUCAUAUCGGAACAAAUUCAACCACCAUAAUAAGCUAUAUUUUCACACGCCUACAUACCUAGGCACAUACUUGACAUAUAUACGGAUUACACCAACACACCAACACGAUACCCAAUAGGAACAGACAGGUGCAACACACUAGACUGCAACAUACUUAACUUAUAACUUAAAAGCAUCACUUACCACACACACACACACACAAUGGCAACACACACCCCACAACCAACCCCCCUCGACGUCGACCCCUCCAGCCUGCCCCUCUCCCUGGCCACCUGCUCGAUCGGGCUGCCCAGGCACACCCUGCACCAGAAGCUCGAGGCCAUCUCGCACGCCGGGUUCGGCGGCAUCGAGCUCUCCCUCCCGGACCUCGUCACCCACGCCGAGGAGCUCGUCAGGCUGGGGCGGAUCAAGCAGGGAGACACCACCACCACCAGCAGCAGCAGCGACAAAGACAAGGACAAGACCGUCCGCGUCGCACAAGACGACUGGCCCGCCCUCCGCGAGGCAGCAACCUCGGCAGCCCACCUCUGCGCAACCCACAACCUGCGCAUCAUCCUCCUGCAGCCCUUCGCCAACCUAGAGGGCUGGCCCCGCGGCAGCCCGCAGCGCGACGCGGCGUUCGCCCGCGCGCGCGGGUGGCUCGGCAUCAUGGAGGCGGCGGGGUGCGACACGCUGCAGGUGGGCAGCACCGACGCCGCGGCGCCAUCGACCACGGCGGACCGCGGGCUCCUCGCCGCCGACCUCGCCGAGCUCGCCGACCUGCUGCGGCCCGCGGGCCGCCGCGUCGCCUACGAGAACUGGUGCUGGGCCACGCGCGCCCCCGGGUGGCGCGACGCGUGGGAGCUCGUGCGCCUCGCGGGGAGGGACAACGUCGGCCUGUGCCUGGACACGUUCCAGUCUGCCGGCGGGGAGUGGGGGGACCCGACGGCGGCGUCCGGGCGGCGGCUGGGGGGUGACGAGGUGGGCGAGGGCGAUGCCGAGGCCGCGUGGCAGGCCGGCCUGCGCGAGCUGGCGGCGACCGUCCCCGCGGACAAGAUCUACCUCCUGCAGGUGAGCGACGCGUACCGCGCGGACCCGCCCCUCUCGCCCGACGACGACGACGACGACGACAACAAGACGGGGCUGCGGCCCCGGGCCCGGUGGAGCCACGACUGCCGGCCGCUGCCGUACGACGACGGCGGCUACCUCCCCGUCGCGGACUUCACGCGCGCCGUGCUGGGGACGGGGUUCCGCGGGUGGCUGAGCGUGGAGGUGUUUGACGGGCGGUUCGGGGAGAAAUACGGCGACGACCUGCGGGGGAGCAGCAGCCCGGCCGGGAGGCCCGGCCAGCCCUGUUCCAUGCAGGCGCAGCGGCUGCAGCGGAUCCGGGGCAACUACCAGGGCGAGACGAGGGCGCUGCCGAGCGGGCAGGAUUGGCCGAGGAGCCACAGCGCCGUGGAGGAGAGGGACGAGGUCGUCCAGGCGAGGGCCAGCAUCCCCCAGGAGACGGGCGGCGGCAGCUGA